AUGCAGCCCUUCACCUUCGUCCUGACCGCCGUCUUCGCCGCCACAGCAACGGCACAGGGCUGCCAUUUCUGGGUUCAAGAGAAGUCGACCGGGAACAACGUGUUGCAGAAGUGCCUCCAGAAGAACGAGGGGACGACCGCCUCGAUCAAUGGCGCAAGUGUGUACCUCCAGGCCAACUCAGACUGCGGCGUGUCGGUGAGCAACACCGGAUACAACACAGCACCCGUGGGAUUCACCGCACACUACGACGGCCCUUGCUAA